ACCAGCUAACUCAGAACAAUGCAAAGCGCCAUCGCCUUAAUAGCAGUACUUUUAUUCCAUCUCACGUCCAGCCAUUACGUGCCUCCCUGGAACGGCUGCUACACGCUCGGUUGCUCCACUCAACAAGGUUGCGUCCCGUGGAACUUCCAUCGGUAUCCAUGCUACCGUACGUGCUACUACAACCGCAACCACGCGCCAUCCCAUCCGAGAAAUAAAUGCUACAAAAUCACCAACGCGGCCACCGGCAAGUCACUGGCAUCCAGCGAUGUGCUUGAUCCCGCGAACAAACUGAAAUACGCGACCGUGUCCAUCAACCCACCGGCCAACUACCUGUGGAACUUGGAACCCACCUACGGAGGUGUCGUCUACAUUCAGAAUGUAAACAAGCUGGAAUUUCUGAAAGUGGACCCUUCCAAUAACGGAACGUAUUUGGUACUGAACGAGCCUCUGGAUCGCGCCUUCCAGUUUCGGGUAAUCAAUUCCAAAGAAGGAGCUUCGAAGAUCCAGUUACAGUCAGCCCUCAACAACGGUUUCCUAUUCGUGCAGAACAUUGGCCAAGGAGGCAGCACCGUUCAAAUCACUUUCGACCCAUUCGCAAACUACUUUCAAAGCCUCUGGAGUGUAAUGGAAUUUUAUUGCUAACACCUUCAAUAAACAUUCGAUCAUUCACAAGUGUACCCUUCGAAUCGCCACAGACACUGCGGCAGUCCACAACGGGCCGUAGCUCGAACCUUUCCGUCCAUUCCUCCGGCACAGGAAGCCGCAUACAACGAACUUUUUCCUACGCUGUUGAUGAUUUCCCCCGGUUUGUCAUGCAGUCGAAACAGGAAUCUCUUGGCGGGAAUGGCUUUCGCUGACUUCGAUUGACCCAUGGCGCGCAGAUAGGCGACGUCUUCGUUCGGGAGCAACGUGAGAAACAGUUCCGUCUUGCGAUUCUUGAUGUAGAAAUCACCGGCCUGCGUUGAGAUGAGGUUCCACAGAGCUGACUCCGUUCGGUUGUACGAUAACCAGGCGUGCUGUUGGUCGUCCAAGGUUGGCAAGCUCGCCGGUUGAAGAUACUGGCCAGUUUGGGUGUUGAUGAUGUGCCAACAGUUUUGUGCAAAGGUUGCAGUAACCAGCAGGAGACUGGCUGUGACUGUGCAGCCGACGUGUAACAUGG